GAGAUGGAGCCGGCGGCGGAGGAGUCGUGGGAGUCUCUGCCCGUCCGGCUGAGCGCCGGCGUCCUGCGAGCCUUGGAGGAGCUGCGCUUUUCCCAGAUGACCCCGGUACAGUCUGCAACUAUUCCUUUGUUUAUGACAAACAAGGACGUCGCUGCUGAAGCUGUAACUGGCAGUGGAAAAACUUUAGCUUUUGUCAUUCCUAUCAUAGAAAUUCUUCUCCGGCGGGAAGAAAAGCUUAAGAAAAUGCAGGUGGGUGCAAUCAUCAUCACUCCCACGAGAGAGCUUGCGAUGCAGAUAGACGAAGUGAUCUCCCACUUCACAACACAUUUCCCGCAGUUUAGCCAAUGCCUUUUAAUUGGUGGGAACAAUCCCAUGGAAGAUAUAGAAAAAUUCAAAGAACGUGGCGGAAACAUCCUUGUAGCCACACCUGGCCGUUUGCUGGACAUGUUCAGAAGGAAAUCGGAUGGACUGGAUUUGGCCAGAUUCGUGAAAUCCCUUGACGUGCUGGUCUUAGAUGAAGCGGACCGGCUUCUGGAUAUGGGCUUUGAAGCCAGUUUAAAUACCAUUCUGGACUUUUUGCCCAAGCAGAGACGGACUGGCCUCUUCUCGGCAACUCAGACCCAAGAAGUGGAGAACCUGGUGAGGGCCGGCCUCCGGAACCCAGUCCGUAUCUCAGUGAAGGAGAAAGGAGUUCUGGCGAGCAACACCCAGAAGACCCCGACACGGCUUCAGAACUAUUAUAUGAUCUGCAAAGCAGAUGAGAAAUUUAACCAGCUGGUCCACUUCCUUCGUCACCACAAAUCAGAAAAACACCUUGUCUUUUUCAGUACUUGUGCUUGUGUGGAGUAUUAUGGGAAGGCUCUGGAAUCGUUGGUUAAAAACGCGACAAUAAUGUGCAUCCAUGGGAAAAUGAAGCACAAGCGGAACAGGAUCUUCACGGAAUUCCGGGCGCUCCCAAGCGGCAUUCUGGUUUGCACUGAUGUGAUGGCCCGUGGCAUAGACAUUCCAGAAGUGAACUGGGUUUUGCAGUAUGAUCCCCCGAGCAACGCAAGUGCCUUUGUGCAUCGCUGUGGCCGCACUGCGCGCAUUGGCCACACGGGCAGCGCCCUUGUAUUUUUGCUCCCGAUGGAAGAACCGUACGUCAGUUUCCUAUCGAUUAACCAAAAGUGUCCCAUGCAGGAAAUGGAACCACAGCAGAACGUGGUGGAUGUUCUGCCCAAACUGAAGUCUCUGAGUUUGGCCGACAGAGCUGUGUACGAGAAAGGGAUGAGGGCGUUUGUAUCAUGCGUGCAGGCCUACGUCAAACACGAGUGCAGUCUCAUCUUCCGGAUCAAAGACCUAGACUUUGCCAGCCUGGCCCGAGGUUUUGCCUUGCUGAAGAUGCCCAGGAUGCCAGAGCUGAAAGGCAAGACCUUCCUGGACUUUGAGCCUGUUGAUAUCAACACUGACUCCAUUGCAUUCAAAGACAAGACCCGGGAGAAGCAGAGGCAGAAGCUGCUGGCACAGCCAAGGGAGGAGAGGCAGGAGCAGGGAGGGAGGCGGAAAGGCACCCGGAAUCAGGCCUGGUCCAAGCAGAAAGCGAAGAAAGAGAAGAAGAGGAAACUGACGGCCAAGCGGCAAAGGGAGGAGGGCUCAGAUGUGGACGAUAAGGACAUGGAGGAGCUCUUGAAAGACACCCGCCUCUUGAAGAGGCUAAAGAAGGGCAAGAUUAGCGAGGAAGAGUUUGAGAAGAAACUGCUGCAGAGCGAGAAGAGAGCUCGGACUGAAGCAGCCACUGGCUCAGAGUCUGAAGGAUGAAAGAAAAGUGUGAGCUCGGGGCAG